GGGGCCCUGCUUCCGCUUUCCUCCGCGGCGCGCGCUCCGCUCUCAGCCGACGCGGGAUCAUGGCGGCCGUGGCCACGAUGGCGACCUCGGGCUCGGCGCGGAAGCGGCUGCUCAAAGAGGAAGACAUGACCAAAGUGGAGUUCGAGACCAGCGAGGAGGUGGACGUGACGCCCACGUUCGACACCAUGGGCCUGCGGGAGGACCUGCUGCGCGGCAUCUACGCCUACGGUUUUGAGAAACCAUCAGCCAUCCAGCAGCGAGCCAUCAAGCAGAUAAUUAAAGGGAGAGACGUCAUUGCUCAAUCACAAUCUGGCACAGGCAAAACUGCCACCUUCAGCAUUUCUGUCCUCCAGUGUUUGGAUAUUCAGGUUCGUGAAACCCAGGCUUUGAUCUUGGCUCCAACGAGAGAAUUAGCUGUGCAGAUCCAGAAGGGUCUGCUCGCUCUGGGGGACUACAUGAAUGUGCAGUGCCAUGCCUGCAUCGGGGGCACCAAUGUGGGAGAGGACAUCAGGAAGCUGGACUACGGGCAGCACGUUGUUGCUGGCACACCUGGACGUGUCUUUGAUAUGAUUCGGCGCAGGAGUUUGAGGACACGGGCCAUCAAGAUGUUGGUGUUGGAUGAGGCUGAUGAAAUGUUAAAUAAAGGUUUCAAGGAGCAGAUUUACGAUGUGUACAGGUACUUGCCCCCGGCCACGCAGGUGGUGCUUAUCAGUGCCACACUGCCUCACGAAAUCCUGGAGAUGACCAACAAGUUCAUGACAGACCCCAUCCGCAUCUUGGUGAAGCGUGAUGAAUUGACUCUAGAAGGCAUCAAGCAGUUUUUUGUGGCGGUGGAGAGGGAAGAGUGGAAAUUUGACACACUGUGUGACCUCUACGACACGCUGACCAUCACUCAGGCUGUCAUCUUCUGUAACACCAAAAGGAAGGUCGACUGGCUGACAGAGAAGAUGAGAGAAGCCAAUUUCACGGUGUCGUCCAUGCACGGGGACAUGCCGCAGAAAGAGCGCGAGUCCAUCAUGAAGGAGUUCCGGUCUGGUGCCAGCCGGGUGCUCAUCUCCACAGACGUCUGGGCCCGGGGGCUGGACGUCCCACAGGUGUCCCUCAUCAUUAACUACGACCUGCCCAACAACAGAGAGUUGUACAUACACAGAAUCGGGCGGUCGGGCCGCUACGGCCGCAAGGGGGUGGCCAUCAACUUCGUGAAGAAUGACGACAUCCGCAUCCUGAGGGACAUCGAGCAGUACUACUCCACCCAGAUCGAUGAGAUGCCCAUGAACGUGGCGGAUCUGAUCUGAGGAGCUGCUGUGCUGACAAGGCGCUGGUGACCAUCUGCCUGCCCGGUGCCCCGGCUGGGACAUGCUUAGGGACAGUGUCUGGGUGACGGGGAUUGUGGGGCUCUCCAAUGGACCCCGGGACGAGCCGUUGGUGUUCUUUUCUUACCCACAUGUAAAUAAUGCAGUGCUGUGAGUUUUUUCAUUAAAUGUUUAAAACUUUUCCCAUAA